UUACAAAGCUCCACAGAAUCAUCACCAAAUCACAGAAUGGGCUAGGUUGGAAGGGACCUUAACGAUCCAACCUCCCUGACAUGGACAGGGACACCUUUCACUAGACCAAGUUGUGCAGAGAUCCAUCCAACCUGGCACUAAACACUUCCAAAAAGUGUGCUGCUUUAGCUCCCUAAUCUGAACCAAAGCCAAACAAAAAAGCAAGAGCUGAUUUAAACCAGUUCAGUAAAGUGUCCCAUGAGCCAGAUUCCCCUGUGGAACUCUGGUAAAGAACCACGUGGCAAAAACGGGAGCAAAGACCUUCACUCAUAGGUGGCUGUAACAGCUGCUCAAAUGCUUGUGAAACUACUGCCCUCCAUAUCACACAUCCUUAACUUAAUGUAAAUCCUCUACGAGGAAGUCUCCUUUUAGACAAAAAAACCCCGCCCCGAACCAACGCCAAAAACGGUUCCCCAGAACAGGUUUGCAUCAGCCCAUUUUAUCUGUGUAGGCAACACGUUUUGAUGUUGUAUUCUGUCCUACACCUGGCGCGUUUCGCAGAGAAGAAGCCAUCCCAAUCAAUUUUCUACCACAGGACAGAAGAUCUGCUACGUUAUCAAUGGAGAAACCCAAGACAGCUACUAAUUAAAAGGAAAAGCAGCACACAGUCUGUACUUCAGCCACCUCUUCUCUUCAUCUUUUAUGAAGAGUAGUAUUUGGGUUGUACUAAUGGGCUUGAGCUCCUGUUUAGAAAAGGACACAGCAGCUGCUUGGUGUUUUCCAGUCACUCCAGCUUCGGAAUUUCUUCAGAUUGAAAGAGAUGAGUAGGAUUUAUAAUUGCAAUUGGCUGGAAGUGCCAUGGGGAGAUGGAGAUUUAGGUUCUUGGGCAGAUCGCUCACCUCUGCAUGAGGCAGCCAGUCAAGGACGUCUUCUUUCUCUGAAGACUUUAUUGUCACAGGGGUACAAUGUAGACACACUAACAAUUGACCAAGUAACUCCACUCCAUGAAGCCUGCCUGGGAGACCAUGUAGGAUGUGCAAGAAUCCUCCUUGAAGCAGGAGCAAAUGUAAAUGCUACAACAAUUGAUGGAGUGACACCUUUAUUUAAUGCCUGUUCAAGAGGCAGUGCAGCGUGUGCUGAGCUGCUCUUACAGUAUGGUGCCAAAGCUCAGUGGGAGUCCUGUCUGCCAUCACCCACACAUGAAGCAGCCAGCAGAGGUCACAGUGAAUGUCUGGAGGUACUGAUAUCCUGGGGUAUAGAUGUUGACCAAGAUCUUCCUCAUUUAGGGACACCUCUGUAUGUAGCUUGUGUUUCACAGCAGAUCCAUUGCAUUCGAAAGCUUCUUUAUGCAGGUGCCAACGUGCAGAAAGGAAAGCAUUUGCAAACUCCACUCCACGCUGCUGCCCAGCAUUCUAGUACAGAGAUUGUAAACUUGCUCCUUGAAUUUGGGGCAGACAUAAAUGCCAAAAAUUCAGAUUUUGAGAGGCCUGUUGAUUUAGCUGCCCCAAGCAGUUUAGUGGAGAGACUGCUGCUCUUCCACGAAGCCACACCAUCUUCUCUUUGUCAGCUCUGCCGACUAUGUAUCCGAAAUUACAUAGGAAGAGCUAGACUGCAUCUUGUUCCACAACUCCAGUUGCCAACCAUACUGAAGAACUUCUUACAGUAUAGAUAACAUAGUAAUUAAUUGUUAGAAACUUAAAUAUAGCGAGUACAUUUUUUUUCUCUCUGUUUAUUGUACAUCUUAUCUAAAGAACUGCUGGGCGGAAAAAAAAAGCCUUUUGCGUAUUGCUCAAAAAAAUUGUAUCUUUGACACCUGGUGUUGGUAAUGUAAUAGUAACUGGGAGCCAUUCAGCAACUAGUGCCAAGGUGCUAAUCCAGCUGAAUUGAAUAAGUGUGCUGAUACUCUGGGACAUGAUUGUAUAACUUUAUCUUAACCCUUUAUAGCUUUAGUGCUGUUAACUUUAAUUGUGUUUAUGUUUUUAAAAUCUGUUUGACAGACCUCAACUACAAAGAGUUUCUUCAUUAUUAUUUGUUAAGUUUGUCCAUUUGUAGUCAUAUUUUAUGUAUUUUCAAAUUUCUGUUGUUCGUGUACCUAAAAAUACUUGGUGAUGGGUGCACUAUAUGCAUUGAUAAAAAUAAAACAAUUAAACAUCAA